CUGUUUAGCUUCCUGCAACAUUGGGUGUGGCCUCCUUCCAUCUGUUCCUUGUGGCUUUCUCCGACUUGCAUCAGGGUGCCGCGUUAAACGGCCAUCGGGAGAGACGACGCAGGUUUCCAUCUGCCUCCGGUAAUAAUAGGAUUCGACUGGGAUGAGGGCCAACAUGAUGGAAGUUUACAGGAGGUCAGAAGGAGCGGCGAGGAAGAACUUCAACAUGCCACGUCAGGUUUAAGGACAUGGAGACUUUCACCGAGUGGAUUUGACAGCAGGCGGAGCCCUGUGCGAUAAACAUCUGUUUCCAUUUUUAGGCGAAGAAAAUAAAUGCUCCCGUUUGACAUGAAGGAAAGUUCUGGAUAUGCGUUUUUCCUCUCAUGUCUGUCAACGGAUCAGGAUUGGUUGUAUCUUCCUGGAAAGGAAAAUUGAUCUUCUCUGACUUUUUAACUUCCUUUUUCAAAUGGAACUGCAGUCACCCAUCCUCACAUUUUUUAGGGCCAUCCCGGUUGACCACCAUGUGGACGAUCUGAGAAUAAAGCUGAAGAAAAAAGCCAAUAUGGCUUUUAAGGCAAAUUCAACGGAGGACAGCGAUGACUCUUUCCCGUAUGUUAUGUAUCUUGCGGGAAGAGAAGAACAGAUGACCUACGACCUUGACGACGAAUCAGGAAGUACCUCAACAGAGGAGAAAAAAUAUCAAUUUAAUAUAGGAGAAAAAGUUCAUGAUUUAAUAAACCCAGAACAACUUAUUGACAUAAACCCCGAAAAUAUCUCCUGUGUGGAUGGACAAUUUGAAAAUGUUCAUUGUUUGACAACCACAGAACGUCCAAAUAUAGAUUGUAAAUGUGAUGAACAGAUUGCAGAAGAUCCCAGAGGCCGUGAAGAUAUGCAAAUUGCAUGCACUCUCAAGGAAUUCACAAAUUUGAAUGAUAAUGAAAGUGACGAAGGUGCUUUGAAUAGCGUUCCCAAUUCCAAACGGGUCUUGAUUACCGUGACUCGGACAGAACGUUCUGCUGAAGAGGAGGUCGAGUUGAAAGUGGACCCAACAUUUGAGCAAACCAAUCAACCCUCCUCAGACUGCUCACCACAUGCUGUCAUAUCUUCACAAAAUAUCCCUUCACCUGGAAACCUCUCCCAAGGCUCUUCCAUAGACAAGCCCAUCCAGCUCCCUGUCCUCUUUAGUGGUCUUAGGGUGCUGAGAAAGAACGUGGUCGGACCAGGGCGUGACACUUUGGCUCAAAUCCAACCUUUAAAUGAAGGCGUGAAGAUGACAAACCUCCCUGAUAAGCAAGGAAGCUUCUUGGAUCAAUUGUCAUUGUUGAAUCCUAACAGAAGGCCUGAUGAGAUGGAGGAAAAAGCAGAACCUCUUGCACAAGAACAAGCAGAACCCAAACGGAAUAUGACUGAAGGUGGUCAACAUCUGCAGAUGGGAGACUUUAAAGGCAAGGAGGACACAAAAGCACCUGUAUCAGGUGCAGAAGCAGCUUUCCAUGCAUUUAAAGCAUUUUUUACACCAAAGCCAUUGAGGAAGGAACCCACAGAGAACCGAGACGCAGCCAGAAAGAUGACCUGGACGGAAAAAGAUGCGCUGAAAGCAUUUUUUGAAAGAACUUCCUUCAAGACUUCUAAAGCUGCAUCUACAUCAGAACCAAGCGGUCCAGUAGAAGGAGAAGAACGAACUCCUGGACGUCUCCAAGCAGUCUGGCCUCCACCCAAAGAAGAAAAAGUUGGUCUCAAAUAUACCGAAGCAGAGCACCAGGCAGCUGUUUUGCAACUGAAGCGUGAAUGCAAAGAGAAAGUAGAGAAUUUACAGGAGGUCUUCAGCCGGGAACUUUCUAAACUGAUUUUACAAAACGAGAUCACGGUAUCCCGUCUGGAGCGCACCCUGGCUGAGCUGCAGACCAAGCUCUCUCAGCCCGACACUCUCAGACGUGGCGAGCUCAGAGACGUAGCCGUGUCCACGCGAGAUGAUACAUUUCCACACAAAGCCUUUCGCACUAUCUGCAUCCAAACUGACAGAGAGACUUUCAUCAAAUGUGAUGACGAGAAGAGUAGAGACUGCAUCCAAACUCAGCAGAGGAUGAACCCGCAAAAACUUGACUUGACUUCUAGCAUCUUGAGCCUGGCCCAUCAAUCUGGUGGACACCAUGCACCGAACAAGGCUAUCGCACCACCACCAGUGUUGACCCACAAACAAACAUCGAAAGCCCCUCCGCCGCCUCCACCUCCGCCCCCACCACCUCCACCUGCUCCAUUUCUGUCCGAUGCAGCUCCUCCACCACCUCCACCCCCUCCAUUCACUUCAACCUGUUUAUCCGCAACUUCCAGAAAACCUGUGGUGGAGCCUUCACGUCCCAUGAAGCCUCUAUACUGGACCAGAAUUCAGAUUGAGGACAAGAACAACACACUGUGGAAUGUUUUGGAAGAACCGCCUAUCGUGAAUGCAGCUGAGUUUGAAGAUCUCUUUGCCAAAACCACCACACGACUCAAGAGAAAACCACUGGUAGAGAAUUAUGAGAAGGCAAAAGCCAGGAAGAUCAUCAAGCUGCUGGACGGUAAGCGCUCUCAAGCUGUGGGCAUCCUCAUAUCAAGCCUCCACCUCGAGAUAAAAGAUAUCCAACAAGCUGUUUUAACUGUGGAUAACUCUGUGGUGGAUCUUGAGACCAUUGAGGCGCUGUAUGAAAAUAGAGCUCAGCCAGACGAGCUGGAGAAAAUCAAAACGCAUUACAGCACAUCCAAGGAAGAGGAGGUUAAACUCUUGGACAAACCUGAGCAGUUCCUGUAUGAGCUCUCGCUGAUUCCGGACUUCGCAAGCCGAGCUCGUUGCAUCAUUUUCAAGGCGGCCUUCAACGAUGGGAUGGCGUCCAUUCAACACAAACUUGACGUUAUUGCUUCUGUGUGCAAGGCUCUGCUGGAAAAAGAUGGCGUGAAAGAAGUGCUGGGACUCAUCUUGGCCUUGGGCAAUUACAUGAACGGCGGCAGCAGGGUCAGAGGUCAGGCUGAUGGCUUCGGUCUGGAGAUUCUUCCAAAACUCAAAGAUGUCAAGAGCAGGGACAAUCGCAUGAGUUUGGUCGACUAUGUUGUGUCAUAUUACCUUCACAAUUUUGACAAGAAUGCGGGAACAGAGAAAAGUGCCUUUCCACUUCCUGAACCUCAAGAUGUCUUCCGGGCAGCGCAGCUUAAUUUUGAGGACCUCAACGCAGAGCUAAAAAGGAUUGGACGAGAUCUCGCGGGAUGUGAAAAGGACAUUCAGAAGGUCUCCGCAGACUCCCCUGAGGAACAUCUGCAGCCGUUUAAAGACCGAAUGGAGACGUUUCUUCUCAGUGCACGUAAAGAACAUGUUGGAGCUUCCUGUCAGUUGAUGACAGCACAAAAAAGCUUCCAGGACUUGUGUGUGUACUUUGGUGUGAAGCCCAAAGCAAGCGAAAAGGAGGUGACGUCCAGUCAUUUCUUCAUGCUGUGGUUUGAAUUUUGUGCCGAUUUUAAGGCCAAGUGGAAGCGUGAGAAUGGGAACUUCACGAAAGAAAGAUUAAAAGAGGCCCAGCAGUCAGUGAAGAGAAUCACAGCAGAGAAGAAAGUGGAGACCAAAAUGAUCAUCCCAAACAGUUUGAAAGAACGACUGCGUCAGAAAGAAGCGAACAUGACCUCAAUUUAAGAUUUGCACUUAGAGGAUGAAAAAAAAAAUGUUUUUUUUAUAUGAUAGCCUAUAAUGGAAGCUCUCAAGUCCUGAAGUCGGUUUGUCCAUGCAUCC